AUGUGUUGGGCGCAUAUGAUUCGAAAAUGCCGUGAGCAUCGUGCAAUGGUACCAAGAGAAAAAUGGUCAAUAGUUGAACGUGAUAUUUUGACUAUCCAGUUAUCGUUUGGUGACCAUGUUUUUGAUAAAGUGACAACAUUAUUGUUGGCAAAAUGGAGAACUGAUUCGGAUUUCGCUGCAUUUUCAGACUAUUUUGAAAAACAAUGGUUGAAUGAUUUAAAGUUUUGGUAUGAGGGUACUGCUCUUGGAGUUCCAUCCACAAACAAUGGCUUGGAGUCAUCAUGGUUGUAUGCUGGAAGAUUGAUCACCAUACCUAUGAUGUGCUCAUUCAAGACCGACUUGAAAACUUAUAUUUGCAAACACGCAGUUGGAAUUAUGAUGCAUUUUGGUUUUUAUGUAGUAUCGGAUUCAGAAAAACUAGAUGAUUUAGGUAAACGACGCAGACGUCCAAAAAAGGCAACAUCAGCUUUAUGUCGCUAA